AGCCUGGACAGCGCCUGUGGGGAGAAGAGCAGGAAGGAGGCGAGGAAAGGAAGUGGUCAGCAGCCCCGGGGUCCCGGAGAGCCCAUUGUGAUGCUGGCCAGGCUGGUGCUUGGGACCUCAGGCAGGGCGGCCCUAGGAUCAGUGGAGCCUGCCCUUGGCGGUUUGAAGUCAAUAUGGGCAAGCAGCCAACACUUUUGUUCUACUCCUCCCAAGGGUGUGACUUACAGUGAACUAAAAAGCCUACUGAACUCCAAAGAUAUUAUGUUAAUUGAUGUUAGAAAUACAUGGGAAAUUACUGAGCAUGGAAAAAUACCUGGAUCAAUCAACAUACCAUUGGAUGAGGUGGGUGAAGCUCUACAGAUGCACCCGAGGGACUUCAAAGAGAAGUACUGUGAAGUGAAGCCAUCCAAAUCUGACCGUCUAGUGUUUUCUUGUUUAGCCGGAGUGAGAAGUAAGAAGGCUAUGGACACAGCAAUAUCACUGGGCUUUAACAGUGCUCAACAUUAUGUUGGAGGAUGGAAGGAAUGGGAAAGCUAUGAAACUUCAGAGAAGAACCAAGAAAGUUGACUUUUGGAAUAGCAGACUCUGUGUUCAUAUAUACAAGGAUGAUGGGUUAAGCAAAAGAAAAACCUAGUCUUGGCACCAAAGGCUAAUAGAUUCUGUAUGACUAUUUGGUGACUGUUUUCCUCAUCUGAGAACUGAGGGUGCUGCUUCCCUGAACAUCUUCAAAGUCUACUGCACACUGAGACAAUAUGGAUUGCCACUGAAAUAUAUUUUACAGUUCAUUUUUUUAUUCUUUUCUCAUAGAUUACAUCCCAAACCACAGUUUCUCCUCCCUCUUGUAUUUUGGUAUUCCAAAAAGAUCAGAUCAUGUGUGAACAUGGCUGUGAGCAAAAACAGUGUGUUAACAAGCAGACCGAUUGUAAACAGUUACUGAGCUUCUGGUUUGAGCCCCGUAUUUGUAGGUCCAGUGCUUGAAAGAUGGAGGCAAGGAAGAUUGGCAGAGUGUGAGUCCAGCUGGGACUACGGAGACCCUGUUUCUAAAGAAAAGACUCUGGGGUCUGGGGAAGUCAGCUCUACUCAGGGAAUCCCAUUCACUGCAUCUGGAGACUCAUGGCAGUGUAUGGCCAGAAUAGUAAUGAGGCGACUCAUUUAAAAAAAUUAUAAUUAAUGUAAGGCUAAGAAUCGAAACUGGUUAUGACUGUGGAGAGCAAAGUAACCUAGAAGAGGUCAGGAAACUGUGUGGGAUACUAGAGAUGUUCUGUGGCAUGACAGAAAUGUCAGUAGUGUGUGUCAAAACUCAUUAAAGCAAACAAAAAUGUUUUUUCCAAGUCAUAUACCUCAAUUUCAAAACUAAUAAAAUAUUAAAGUUUGACUCCCUUA